AUGGGAGCAGGAGCCAGUGCUGAGGAGAAGCACUCAAGGGAGCUGGAGAAGAAGUUGAAGGAAGAUGCCGAGAAAGAUGCAAGAACAGUCAAACUACUGCUGCUCGGGGCUGGCGAGUCAGGCAAGAGUACCAUCGUCAAACAGAUGAAGAUUAUUCACCAGGAUGGUUACUCACGGGAGGAAUGUUUGGAGUUUAUCAGCAUCAUCUAUGGCAACACCCUUCAGUCCAUGAUGGCCAUCGUCAAGGCAAUGACCACACUGAACAUGGGAUAUGGAGAUGGCGCCCGGCAGGAUGACGCUCGCAAGUUGAUUCAUCUAGCAGAUACGAUUGAAGAGGGUACAAUGCCAAAGGAGAUGUACGAAAUCAUCAGCCGCCUGUGGAAGGACUCGGGAAUCCAGGCCUGCUUCGAACGAGCGUCCGAAUACCAGCUGAAUGAUUCCGCAGGCUAUUACCUGAAUGAUCUGGACCGGAUUGUGCUGCCGGGGUAUCUGCCCACAGAGCAAGAUGUCCUGCGCUCCAGGGUCAAGACCACUGGCAUCAUCGAAACCCAGUUCUCAUUUAAAGACCUCAACUUCAGGAUGUUUGAUGUUGGUGGCCAGCGCUCCGAACGCAAGAAAUGGAUCCACUGCUUCGAAGGUGUGACCUGCAUUAUCUUCAUCGCAGCUCUGAGCGCGUACGACAUGGUGCUCGUUGAGGACGACGAAGUGAACCGCAUGCACGAGAGUCUUCACCUCUUUAACAGCAUCUGUAACCACCGCUACUUCAUCGCCACCUCCAUCGUGCUCUUCCUCAACAAGAAGGAUGUUUUCUUGGAGAAAAUCAAGAAAACUCACCUGAGCAUCUGCUUCCCAGACUAUGAUGGAAACAACUCUUUCGAUGAUGCUGGGCUCUACAUCAAGAUGCAGUUCCUGGAUUUGAACAUGAGGAAAGAUGUCAAGGAGAUCUAUUCACACUUAACCUGUGCCACCGACACAGAGAACGUCAAGUUUGUGUUUGACGCAGUCACAGACAUCAUCAUCAAAGAGAACCUGAAAGACUGCGGGCUCUUCUGAACCCUUCCCCGCACUUAAAGGUAUUGCACAUUACUAUAAGAAACCUACCC